GGCGGUUUGGUGGUUGAAUGAGAUGCUCACACCUGCAUUUACAACUUUAAUCAACUAAAGGUGAAUUAAUAUGAUCCACGAGCUGCUGCUGGCGUUGAGUGGAUACCCGGGGACCAUUUUCACAUGGAACAAACGGACAGGUUUGCAGGUGUCCCAGGACCUGCCAUUCCUUCACCCCAGUGAGACCAGCGUCCUCAACCGGCUCUCUAAACUGGGCUCAGAUUACAUUCGCUUCACAGAGUUCAUAGAACAACACACCGGCCAUGUGCAUCAGCAAGAACAUCACACGAACCAGCCCAACCAGACGGGGCUUCAUGGAAUUUACUUGCGGGCUUUCUGCACAGGGCUGGACUCAAUCCUGCAGCCGUACAGACAGGCGCUGCUGGACCUCGAACAAGAGUUCCUUGGAGAUCCACAUCUGACAAUAUCUCAUGUGAAUUACAAGCUCGAUCAGUUCCAGUUGCUGUUUCCGUCUGUGAUGGUGGUGGUAGAAUCAAUAAAGUCACAGAAGAUCCACGGCUGCCAGAUUCUGGAGACGGUGUACAAGCACAGCUGUGGGGGACUCCCUCCUGUACGCAUGGCCCUGGAAAAGAUUCUUGCUGUGUGCCAUGGCGUGAUGUACAAGCAGCUGGCAGCUUGGAUGCUGCACGGGCUGCUGCUGGACCAAAGCGAGGAGUUCUUCGUGAAGCAGGGUCCCAGUGCAGGAGGAGCUGCUGCCAACCAGGAGGAGGAGGAGGAGGACCUGGGCCUGGGGGGACUGAGUGGGAAACAGCUCAGAGAACUUCAGGACCUGAGGCUGAUCGAGGAGGAGAACAUGCUGGCUCCGUCUCUGCAGCAGUUCUCUCUGCGGACAGAGAUGCUGCCGUCUUACAUUCCCAUCAGAGUGGCUGAGAAGAUUCUCUUUGUUGGAGAGUCCGUCCAGAUGUUUGAGAACCACAACCACAGCCCAUCAAGAGCAGGCUCCAUCCUGAAGCACCAGGAGGACAUGUUUGCUGCAGAGCUGCACAGACUCAAACAGCAGCCUCUCUUCAGCCUGGUGGAUUUUGAAAAUUUGAUCGAUCGCAUCAGGAGCACAGUGGCAGAGCAUCUCUGGACGUUGAUGGUGGAGGAGUCGGAUCUGCUGGAACAGCUCAAGAUUAUUAAGGACUUCUACCUGCUGGGUCGAGGCGAGCUCUACCAGGUUUUUAUUGACCUUGCGCAGCACAUGCUGAAGACUCCUCCGACAGCCGUCACUGAACAUGAUGUAAAUGUGGCCUUUCAGCAGGCGGCUCAUAAGGUGCUGCUGGACGACGACAACCUGCUGCCUCUGCUGCACCUCACGGUCGACUACCAGGGCAAAGACAACAAAGAGGCAACGGGCCCGAGAGAUGGAGCCACUCCUCCACAGGACACCUCCCCGCGUGAGGUCCCUCCCACAGGCUGGGCGGCUCUCGGUCUCACCUACAAGGUCCAGUGGCCGCUGCACAUCCUCUUCACUCCAGCUAUCCUAGAGAAGUACAAUGUUGUGUUCAGGUACCUGCUGAGUGUGCGGAGAGUGCAGUCUCAGCUGCAGCACUGCUGGGCUCUACAGAUGCAGAGGAAACACCUCAAGUCCAGCCAGACGGACGCCGUGAAGUGGAGGCUACGCAACCACAUGGCCUUCCUCAUCGACAACCUGCAGUACUACUUACAGGUAGACGUGCUGGAGUCUCAGUUCUCUCAGCUGCUCCAGCAGAUCAACUCCACCAGAGACUUUGAGAGCAUCCGACUGGCCCACGACCACUUCCUCAGCAACCUCCUCGCCCAGUCCUUCAUCCUCCUGAAGCCGGUAUUUCACUGUCUGAACGAGAUCCUAGAGUUGUGUCAAACAUUCUGCUCGCUAGUCAAUCAGAGUGUGGCGUCGCUGGACGAGAGAGGGACGGCUCAGCUCGAUAUCCUGGUCAAAGGCUUCAGACGACAGUCCUUCUUGCUGUUUAAGAUCCUUUCCAGUGUGAGGAACCAUCAGAUAAACUCUGAUCUGGCUCAGCUGUUACUGCGACUGGACUACAACAAAUACUACACGCAGGCUGGAGGCACUCUGGGCAGUGUUUAAGAAGAGCACAAAGGAUUAAGAUUUGGAUACUAAACACACAGUGAACAGAAGAAACUCCGUCAGUGUUGUCCUUUGUUU